AUGUCUGAAUACAGCAAACAAAACGAUAACCCGCCACCUUCAGACCAGGACUCGCAGCUGGAUGGAGAUGAGCCUGCCGAGUGGGGGAAGAUAUGGAGUCAAACGUAUGCCAGAUCGAUAGAGUGGCAGUUGCAGGAAUGGGGUUCUAUCUAA